AUGGAUUUUCAUGCAGCGCAGCGAUGUCUGAAGCUAGCUGCAGACGUCGCAGCUGAUGCUGACCAUGAAUUAGAUGACACCGAUGUGGGAUCACCGCCGUUAAGUGACGACCGCCAGAUACCAAUGACUCAAAUACCAACAAAAUCUAAAGAAGAUGUGCUUUUAAGUACACAGAUCCAGAGCAAGCUGGAUGAAGUAGAAAGUCAAAGUGCAAUGCGCAAAAACCUUUCACAAUACGCCUUUGACAACCCGACCAUCUCUUCCAAAGAGUCAGGAAGCUCAAUACUGGAAAAGCAGGUAGGAAUCACAAGAAAAAGGACUGUAAAGGCACGUACCAGCAAGAGAAGGAAAAAUGUAGCAAGCGGGGUGAGGAGUAUCACUCAAUAUAAUACAGAGAAUUUUGAGUCUGCCAGGGAUCGAGAGAGAACGCGACAAGUGAUAACCUUGCUCUCCGGAAAGAAAACCAAAAUGAAAGACAUACUUGGGCGCUUAGACACAGAUAAAGCGGCUAAAUUGCAACCUAAACGACCGGAGCAGUUUUCCACUUACGAUUCCCGCGAAUGGUUGCAUAUACGGCGAUUGCUAACGGAGCGAUAUCCUCGAUGCCCGACUUCACAAGUGAAGGCAGUUUUCGAGUAUGUAUAUGGCGACCAUGACGAAAAUCAUGUUUGGUACGCUUCACAAAAACCUCCAGUGGAUGCUGGACACAACGUAUCCCAGACUCCCUAUUCAGUUUCCGAAUCACCAUUAGUGCUGACUUUGUCCCAGGCGUUGGAAGAUUCCGAAGAACGAAUUCCAAGUAGGGCGAUGGAUCCUUUUACCUACAACGUUUCAUAUGAUACUCGCGACGCAUCGGAGUGCAUUUUGAAUACCACUGACGAGUCGCAAUCGGAAAUUCCCAUUUGUGAUGAUACAGCGCCGUUUGUUCAGGCUCAAAUGCCCCAAUCAUAUUUGUUAGAUCCUUCUCAAAUUGGCCUAUUGACAACGAAUGAAGAGAUUUCCAUAGAAUCUAAAGAGCAGGCCCGAGAGCUGCGAUUUCCAAAAAUGGCGCAUCUGGCAGAUUCAGGUCUUGAAAGCGUUGGUGGAUCUUCUGCAAAGCUUACUGGUGAAAGAUCAGGGGACUCAGCGCCAGAUAGUUUGCCCCGUCGCACUUCUCUUGUGAAACUUGCUGAGCGAGACGAAUUAAUUGAUUUGACACAAGAAUCUUUCAGCGUCGUCACUUCCAUCACUUCGGGGUACAGAAAUGAAAUCCAAGUUCCUGCCACCAGAACUGCCACAAUCAACAGCAGAUUAGCCGCCUCAAGCGCACCCAGCAACCCAAUGUCAUUUGGCUGCCGCAGCCCGGCACAUCAUCUCGAAUUUCGUAUCUGUCGUAAUCUCAGCCUUUCGGACGUUCUAGUCCAACUUGGCAACUGUUCACAAGCUCAAUGGAAUAUUUUAGAGUCACAUUUGAACGAUAGUGAAGAGGAAGAGAACAAUUAUGACAUUUUAAACUUAUCGUUUAAUGCUACUCAAGUGGAACCAAACUCGGAACACAAAUUUUCCUGUAGUGAUUUAGGAAAUGGAAGUUCAUCCAGUACUGAAACCAACUCGCCGCGACAGAAAAGGAUAUGUUCUAUUCACAGCGCUCCUCCCCUAUCCGCCCAGCAUUUACGCCAACGUCUGCGAGCAAUUGGCUUCAAACCUAAGCGGACGCGAUCUGCCAUGCUCGAUCAGGUGGAGCUUGCAUCGCAGCACCUAAUCGGAGAUACGCAAGAGAAACAAUACCAAGCCCUUUUCGAACAGCUCACUACCAUAGUGGAGCAGAACCCAGUUCUUCUAGAAAAAGUUUACACCUUCGAGCCUAUAGUAUUUCCAGACCUGAUAAAAUAUUUGAUGAAAAGUCACCCGCUUGUUGAUAAUCUCGAAGAGUCUACUGUCAGAGAAUGGGCUGAUCUAAUGGGUAUAUGCUUAAGAAGCGCCUCCGACUCUUAA